CAGCAUCAACCAGGGUUAACACAGACAUCACAGCACAGUCAGGGGCGGAUGUUUUUUCUCCAACCAUGGCAGGCUGCAACAUCCAAAACCUCACCUUUAACUAUGAUGUUACGCCCAAACCACAGCAAGGAGCAGGUGACAACAUGAAGGAGAUCAGUCAAAAAUUCAAGGGCACACUGAAAAGUGAUGAAUACCUGAUGGAAGGCAUAGAAGACACCAAGAUUAAGAAGAAACUCAGCGAGAUCUACAUAGCGCUCUACAUCACAGAGGCUGUGAACGACGAGGUGAAAGAUCAACACGAGGUCCGACAAAUGGAAGUUCAGUGGAAAGUGGAAAAUAGUUACGAAUCCAUAGAUUUGAAGGACAUUUUCAGGCCUUCAGAAUCCUCAGAGGAGCCCAGAACUGUGCUGACCAAAGGAAUAGCUGGCAUUGGGAAAAGCGUAGCCGUCCAGAAGUUUCGCCUGGACUGGAAGGACGGAAGAGCAAACCAAGAGGUUGAUUUCAUCUUUGUACUACCUUUCCGUCAACUGAACUUGUUCACAAAUGAAAUCAGUCUCUACGAACUUCUCUGUACAUUUCACCGUCAACUGAAAAAUAUCAAAGAUCCGGAAGCUGUAUUCAGUGAGGACACCAAGGUGAUCUUCAUUCUUGAUGGUCUAGAUGAGAGCAAAUUUCCCCUGCCGUUCGACACACUGCCCAUCUACGACAUGGAAGUGAAAGCAACGGUCGUCAUGUUGAUUGUCAAUCUGCUGACAGGAAGUCUGCUUCCUUCUGCCCUCAUUUGGGUGACCACCCGCCCUGCGGCUGCCCACCAAAUCCCACCACGUUACAUUGAUCGAUGGACGGAGCUCCAGGGGUUCAAAGACGAGCAGAAGAAGGAAUACUUCAGCAGCAAGAUAAUCGACGAAACGGUACGCUCCUACCUUCUUAAUCACAUCAUGAACUCCAGGCCUCUCUAUGUCAUGUGCCGCAUACCUGUGUUCUGCUGGAUCUUGGCCAAGGUCAUCUCGAAGAAGGGAGCCAGAGACAAAGAUGACCUUCCCAAAACGCUGACGGAAAUUUACGCUUACUUCCUCUUAAUUCAGUGCGCGAUGAAGGAUGAGAAAAACAAGGCUUACGCUGACACACCCAAGUCCUGUACGGAUGUCAUGGAGGCCAAUAGGCCAAUGAUUUUGAAGCUGUCAAAGUUGGCCUACAUGCAGCUGAUGAAGGACAACAUACUCUUCCAGGAAAACGACCUGAGGGAGUGCAGCAUCGACGUCCAAGAUGACCUGGAGAAAUCGGGCAUAUGCAAAGAAAUGUUCGGCUCAGAAACUCUGAUCCUCAAGAAGACAGUCUACUGCUUUGUCCAUUUCAGCAUGCAAGAAUUCAUGGCGGCUCUUUUUGUCUUCUACUCAUACUCCACAGGGAAAUUUGAGGAGAUAAAAGAACUGAUCAUGGAAGGGCAAACGCUUGAGCAUUUGCUCCAGCGUGCUGUGAGGAAGGCCCUCCAAAGUCAAAAUGGACACCUUGAUCUCUUCCUUCGCUUCCUGCUGGGCUUGUCCCUGGAGUGCAACCAGAAGCUGUUUGCAGGCCUGUUGCCGGACAUCAAGGAGUGUUCCGAAGGUAUCAAGAGAACGGUCCAGUACAUCAAGGACUGCAUCGGCAGGCGUGGCCAGUCCACGGAACAAUGUAUGAAUCUCAUGCACUGUCUCCUGGAGCUGAAGGACUCCUCCCUUCAAGAAGAGAUUGAGCGAUACAAGAAGUCGGGGAAAGUGUUGUCUCCAGGUACGUGUUCGGCCAUAGCCUAUAUGAUGCUGGCUUUUGAGGAGAUUCCAGAUGAGUUUGACAUGAUGAGCUACAACACCACAGACAAGGGCAGAGUGAGGCUGGUGCCUGCUGUGAGGGGCUGCAAAAGGGGCCGACUGGUCAACUGUGGCCUUGACAAGAUCUCCUGCCAAACUUUACGUUGUGCUCUGGAGUCAGAGGGUUCAUCAUUGAGGGAGCUGGACCUGAGUGGCAAUGACCUGGGGGAUGAUGGGGUUCAGGAGCUUUCAGAAGGGCUGAAGCAUAGAAACUGCAAACUGGCGACGCUGAGACUGGCGAGCUGUAAUCUCACAGGGUGUUCCUGUACUCACCUGUCUUUGGUUCUUCACUCCUUGGAGUCUCACCUGACUGAACUGGACUUGACCAACAACAUCUUAGCAGCGCAGGGAAUGCAGCAGCUGGUCAGCUCUCGGCUAACUAUGUUAAUUCUUUCUGGCUGUGGACUCAAUGACGAGUCUUGCAGAGCUUUGGCAGUUGCUCUGCAGUCAGGUACGUCACACCUGACACGCCUGGACUUGACCAAUAAUGACCUUGGAGAUGAUGGAGUUGGCCAGCUUGCCAUAGCGCUAACCCAUCCCCUCUCUCAACUUGAAGUACUCCGGCUGUCUGGUUGUCUGGUGUCGGAAACGGCUUGCAAGGUAUUGGUGUCGUUUUUGACGUCAAGGCCCACACGUUUGAAAGAAGUUGAUCUAAGCUAUAACCACACAGGUGACUCUGGUGUUGGAAUGUGCGCCAUACUAAAAGAAAAAGGCUGCCACAUCAACUUAGAUCAUGAUGGAGCACAGUGGAUGAAACCAGGAUUAAAGAAAUAUGCCUGCGCUCUCAGCCUAGAUGUCAACACAGCCCACCCAGAGAUGGAAGUGUCAGAGGACCUUCAGAGUGUGAAGAAGGUUAAUGCAGAGCAAUACAUGCCUUGACCAGUGGUUCUCAACCUUUUUUGAACAAACCCUGACCCCCUUGACCUCAUCACAAGCCCCAACGCACCAUUAACCUAACCAUAAGCAUGUCAAUGCCCCCCUUAGUAUUGGAAAUUAAAAUACAGUGUUGGCCAAAAGUAUUGGCACCCCUUCAAAUCUGUCAGAUAA